GUGAGCUCCUAUCAGUUAAAUUAAGACUGGUUGUUUGUCUUUAUGUAACCAUCUCUAACUCAAUCAACAUUUUGUUUGCUUUAUUCACAAUAGUGCUGGCUAGACUAAACAAAAGUAACUAAAGGAAGAAAAACAACUCGGGGCUGUAAGAUAGUGAGUCUUGAAAUGAUUAAAUUGAUCAAUCUGACCUCUGUUUGUUUGCCUCGCUGACCGGCGUGAUGAUGCGCUUAACAAUGACGCAUUUUAUUUGAAACCCCAGAUUAAGCCCGCCCAGUACCAAGAUAGUAUUAAAUGUUGUGGAUACAUUGACCCCCAUUAUCAGAGUAAGAUAUUGCGUCACUCGGAUGACAUCCUGCAGCUGACCCCUGCAGCAUGACUUAACUCUCUUUACUUCAGGGAAUCCUCUUCCUUUGUGAGUGAUAGCUUGGUCCUAAUGACAUGCAUCUGCUUAUUUUGCCGUGUGUGUUCUUGAGCAUGUGCCAGCGUUGAGAUGCCGUGCAGGAAAAGGGCUUUCCGUUGGGCGUUGUGAAGGUCUCCCCCCGACACACACACACACACAACCACAGGAUGCUUAGUAAGGGAAUGUGAGGCGCGCCAAUGGAAUUGUGGGUAUAGGUGUAAGGCGGCCUGCAAGCUGCAAAGGGUCAUAUCCUGUUUAUGUCUUGGACACACACACACAUAUGGUACAUAGUGUACAUAUGUAAAGAAAGCUCUGCAUCCUCCCUUGAGAUUAUUUGCAUCAUCCAUGCAGCAGUCACAGUUGAGGUGGUCUCGAGCAAGGCACUUGAGGAAUGUACACUAACUCUCCCCAUGUACUCCCCUGACAAUUUAUAAUUAGAAAUCCAAAUGAGUGGUCAGUCAGACUGUGAUGCAUGUAAACUCUUCACGUCUGGAAAAAAUGUAAUCAAAGGAAGGAGAAGUUCAACGUACAGUUGCACCAACACCAGUCCCAAAAGGGUGUCUCGGUGUUGGAAACAUUUAGUCGGGAAUUAAGUCCCCAUUUAUGCAUGUACACUGGAACAAUGCAAAUAAUGUCUUUCUGUGGUCACUAUUAAAUGUCUUAAAUUCAGAGCUCGCCUCUACAUAUAUCCAUAUACCGUAAAUGAACGCUAAUAUGGUUCCUGUAAAAGGGAUACCAUACCAAAGAUGAGAUGUAUGGUGAGCGAGGGAGCUGGAAAUGGGGGCGGGACAGAGAAGAAGCAGGGACCAUGUCAACAGCUCAGCUCUCAGCCCUGUCAGCUGAAAGCCACAUCUAAGCUCAGAAGUUCAGUGAGGGAAAGCAGACUUAACAUAGCAGUUUUGGGUGAAAAUGCCUUGGGAAUUAGACAGAAAGACAAAAAUAAAGUAGGAAUAAUGAAUGACUAACUAGUGGUUAGGUAAAAUCUGAGACUUGAUUUGCUCUCCUUGUUUCUAUGUGGCCUGGGAGUGAGCCAUCUUCCAGCAUUUGAAGCGGAUCAUGCCCCCUAGAUAGCAGCCUUGACCUCUUCAUCCCCCCCUUGGUCCCUUCCUAAACAUUUUGGCUUCCACUCCACCACUGCCACGUGUGUUACCGCAAGCACCAUGCCCCCCAGGAAGAGGACAAGGGCGGGCCUGGGGUUCCUGUGCUGCUUCGGUAGCAGCGAGCCCCCGGAGAUCAACCUAAAGGACAGCGUACCCUUGCAGCUACUGGAAUUCAGUGCCCCCAUGCCGCCCGCUGAGGAGCUGCAUGCUCGCUUCUCAGAGCUGGUGGAUGAGUUGGACUUGACGGAUAAGAAUAGGGAGGCCAUGUUUGCUUUGCCAGAUGAGAAGAAAUGGCAAAUCUACUGCAGUAAAAAGAAGGAACAAGAAGACCCGAACAAGCUGGCUACAAGCUGGCCUGACUACUACAUUGACCGAAUAAACUCCAUGGCUGCUAUGCAGACCCUGUUUGCCUUUGAUGAGGAGGAAAUGGAAAUGAGGAACAAGGUAGUGGAAGAUCUGAAGACGGCGCUUCGGACUCAGCCAAUGAGGUUUGUGACGCGCUUCAUCGAGCUGGACGGCCUCACCUGCCUGCUCAACUUCCUGCGCAGCAUGGACUACGAGACCUCGGAGAGCCGCGUGCACACUUCUGUCAUCGGGUGCAUCAAGGCUCUCAUGAACAAUUCUCAGGGUCGAACGCACGUGCUGGCUCACCCGCAGAGCAUCAACACCAUCUCGCAGAGCUUGCGGACGGAGAACGUGAAAACCAAAGUGGCUGUCCUGGAGAUUCUCGGGGCAAUGUGUUUGGUACCCGACGGACACAAGAAAGUAUUGCAGGCCAUGGCGCACUACCAGAAAUAUGCCGCCGAGAGGACUCGUUUUCAGACGCUGCUGAACGAGCUGGACAGGAGCACGGGGCGCUACAGGGACGAGGUCAACUUGAAAACGGCUAUUAUGUCCUUCAUCAACGCUGUGCUCAACGCUGGAACUGGAGAGGAAAGCCUGGAGUUCCGCCUCCACCUGAGGUAUGAAUUCUUGAUGUUGGGCAUCCAACCAGUCAUUGACAAGCUUCGAGAGCACGAAAAUGCCACGUUGGAUCGGCAUUUGGACUUUUUUGAGAUGGUACGCAAUGAGGACGACUCUGAAUUGGCCAAAAGGUUUGACAUGACCCAUGUGGACACCAAAAGUGCCAGCGCUAUGUUUGAGCUGAUUAAAAAGAAGCUGGGCUAUUCUGAUGCCUACCCGCACCUCCUCUCCAUCCUUCAGCACUGCCUACAGAUGCCAUAUAAGCGUGGCGCCAACAGCAUGCAUCACUGGCAGCUUCUCGAUAGGAUCCUCCAGCAGAUUGUCCUGCAGGACGACCAAGGGGAGGACCCCGACCUUUCACCUCUGGAUAACUUCAAUGUUAAAAACAUCAUUCGCAUGCUGGUCAAUGAGAAUGAGGUGAGACAGUGGAGAGACCAGGCCGAGAAGUUCCGAAAAGAACAUGCCGAGCUGCUCGGCAAACUGGAGAGGAAGGAGCGAGAGUGCGAGACGAAGACCCAGGAAAAAGAGGACAUGAUGAAGACUCUGAACAAGAUGAAGGAUAAACUCCAGCGCGAGGGUGUUGAGCUGCGCUCAGCCAGGGAACAAGUCCUGGAUCUAGCAACACGCAUCAAUGACUCCAUUUCGGUGGGCAGUGUGUCUUUCCCACCACCACCUCCACCUCCUCCAGGAGCUCCCACGGCUCCAGCCCCAACGGCAGGUGGCUUCCCUCCACCACCUCCUCCGCUGCCCUUCAGCUGCCCACCUCCGCCCCCGCCGCCGCCACCACCUCCACCUGGCGCCCCGCCUCUUCCGCCAGGAGCUCCUCCCAUUUUUGGAAUCCCGCCUCCCCCCAUUCCCUCUUCUUUCAAUUCGGCAAGCACGCUGCGCUCCAAGUCCAUCCCUCAGCCCUCGCAUCCGCUGAAAUCUUUUAACUGGGCUAAACUCGGAGAGCAUAUGAUCAAUGGCACCAUCUGGAAUGAUAUUGACGACCUGAAAGCUUUCAAGAUCCUUGACCUGAAGGACAUCGAGAAGAUGUUUUCUGCCUAUCAGAGACAGCAGGACCUGCUCACUAACCAAUCCUUCAAGCAGAAGGACACCGGCUCAAUGGAUGACAUCCAUGUCAGCACGCGGAAAGUCAAGGAGUUGUCAGUCAUCGAUGGCCGACGAGCCCAGAACUGUAUCAUCCUCCUUUCAAAAUUAAAAAUGAGCAAUGAAGAGAUCAAGAGGGCGAUCCUAGAGAUGGAUGAGCGAGAAGAGUUGGCCAAGGAUAUGCUGGAGCAGUUGCUGAAGUUUGUCCCAGAGAAAAGUGACAUUGACCUCCUGGAGGAGCACAAACAUGAGCUGGAGCGCAUGGCCCGAGCAGAUCGCUUCCUCUUUGAAAUGAGCAGAAUUGACCACUACCAGCAGAGACUGCAGGCUCUAUUCUUUAAGAAGAAAUUUGCAGAGCGCCUCGCUGAAACCAAGCCAAAGGUGGAAGCCAUUCUGAACGCUUCCAAGGAGGUGAUCCGGAGCAAUAGGCUGACACAGAUCCUGGAGGUUGUGCUCGCUUUCGGCAACUUCAUGAAUAAAGGCCAGCGAGGAAAUGCUUUUGGCUUCAAGGUCUCCAGCCUCAAUAAGAUUGCAGACACCAAGUCCAGCAUAGACAGGAACAUCACCAUGUUGCACUACCUGAUCAUGAUCUUUGAAAAAAACUACCCUGACACGCUGCACAUCCAUCUGGACCUCAACACCAUACCAGAAGCUGCCAAAGUCAAUUUGGCAGAGUUGGAAAAAGAGGUGCACAGUAUCAAAAAUGGACUGAAGGCUCUUGAAGCGGAGCUGCACUACCAGCAGAGCAGGACGAGGGAACGCGGAGAUAAGUUUGUGCCCGUGAUUGGUGACUUCAUCACCGUGGCUGGCUUCAGCUUCUCUGAACUGGAGGAUCAGUUGAACGAGGCCAAGGACAAGUUCACCAAAUCUCUGAAGCACUUUGGGGAGGACGAAGGGAGAAUGCAGCCAGACGAGUUCUUUGGCAUUUUCGACACCUUCUUGCAGUCGUUCGGCGAGGCCCGCCAGGACUUGGAAAACAUGCAGAGACGCAAGGACGAGGAGGAGAGGCGGGCGCGCAUGGAGGCCAUGCUCAAGGAGCAGCGGGAACGAGAGCGGCGGUCCAAGAAGAGCGGCGCUUCAGACGAGGUCGGAGGGGAAUUUGACGACCUGGUGUCGGCCCUGCGUUCGGGCGAGGUUUUUGACAAGGACCUGAACAAAUUCAAGCGCAACCGCAAGCGCUCCGUCAACCAGCUGACGGAGGGCGGAGGCAGCGGCGGCGCCGGGCGAGAACGAGCCGUCACAAAAGUCACCUACUAGAAGGUCAGGAAAAAAAAAAACAGGAGCCCAACGCUCCGCCCCGAUGUGGAUCUCUCGUGGUCCAGCUGUGUCUGUACAUGUGCGCGAACCUGCACCCCCUCCGGAUGUUACGUGAUCUCCUGAUCUGGGCGCAAGGCGGGCGGGCGGGCGGGUGGGACACUCGGUGCAGCCCACUGUGAUACACCUUCACCUGACUUUGACCACUGUGCUUAAACUCCUCGCCAUCUGUCACUUCCUGUUUCUCACCGCUUCAUCCCCCCGUCUGGGAUCACACGCGCAAGACAACAGAGUGGGAAUGAAUUAAAGCCCACAUCUGGAACGCAUCGAGUCGGGAAAAGCUUCAAAAAUGCCAGCGAGGAAUGAUGCAGCUGCUGGUCACAUGACCUCUUUGUUCUCGUCGCCGCGUCCAUGUGUCAGCGUCCACGACAUUGUUCUGGCAGCAACCGGUGCCAAAGCAGAAGAAACAUGUCAGAAAACAUUCAGAGAUUGGGUUUAUAUUGACUUCAAAAGACUUUUAAAUGUGUCCGAGGGUUCUACUCUCAAAUCAAGUCCAUUUCUUUUGGUUGGUUUUGUUUGCACUGCAGCUCCUCUUGUGUUGCCACUUUGUGUGUGUGUGUGUGUGUGUGUGUGUGUGUGUGUGUGUGUUGUCUGCCUGAAGGAAGGCCAUUUUGGAAUUUCUACUUUCAGACACUACACUGGCAUUUGUUUCCAUGCUCAGCUGCCACUCUGCCUGCUCCACAUUGGUAAUGGGCCUUAAAUAAGCUUCACAAUUCGAAAUAGAUUGAGUCUAAUGAUUAACAGCAAGAUUCUGCCUGGUUACCAUUCCAUGUGUACACUUGUUGCAAUGCCGUUGGCCUUCACAGAUUCCAAAGUUAGCUAUAAAUGGUGCACACGACAGAUAAUUGUAGACAAACAAUCUUUCCUUCCACAUUUUUGUAUGUCAAUGAAGCAAUUUUAUAAGCGACCUGCCGCUGCAUGCAUUGAUUAAAACAAUUUUGCAAGGCGUGAUAGAAAAUAAUUGAAUGUGUAAAAUCUUAGUAAAUGUGACAAAUGCUGCAGUGUGUGUGUGUGUGUGUGUGUGUGUGUAGAGGGCUCAGUGCAAACACGUUGUAGUUUAUGUUACCACUAGAGGGCAGUAUACCCAUUGGUCAUUAAUGGGGAGACUACAGGAAAGCUGACAAUAGACAAUAUGAUCCUGACAUUUAUUUAACAUUGGUGCACAACGUGAGAUGCCCUCCAUUAUUUGGCACAAACUUCAUUGAUUAUUUUGAAACUGACAACCCCAAAAUACAUCUUUUCCAGCGGAUAAAAUAUUAAGUUUAAUGUGGUUAUCCACUUUUCCAGUGGAUAAAAUAUGUAGUUUACUGUGGAUAUUGAAUAUGAUUUGCACAAAGAAUUAUUUUAAAGCACCAAGGUGGUAAUAACCGUGUUAUUGUCAUACCAAGAGUGUACUAACCCGUACAGUACUGCAAUACUGCUUUCCACAUCUCCCCAUGCACUUCACUCAACAAGCACUUGAGAAUGCACCGCGUUUUCUGAAGUUUCUUGCCUUUAUGUUCUGUUGUCCUUCAUCCUGUGAGCUUCUUCUGACCACAUGUUCACCUUGAAGUGCCUCUGACCCUCAUUUGCGCACAAGUACCAUUCCUCUUUCCGUGUGGUGCUGCUAAUGGAUGUACAGUAUAUGAUGGUCAAAAGGUAAAAAAAAAAAAAAAAAAAAAAAGCAGCUGAUGCAGGACGUAUUGGCCACGGCUGGCGUUCCCAUGCAGUAAAUAAAACUAGAUCAAAUAUAUUUUUGGAAAAAAGAAAGCAGCUCUGUAGCUGGAUCCCAGGACAGAAUGGAUUCACUUUAGUAUACUAAAAUGAGUCUUAAAAGGGAGCUUUGGUCUCCCAGCCCUCCCUCCUGGUCAUUUAUUAAAAUUCUUUCCUAUUUGCGUUCAAACUGAAUGUGUGGUCCACCUGAAUAGGAAACAACUUGUGUUGUCCCUGAAAUGGGAACCAGCGUCUUGUGUAUAUUUGAGCUGGUCCUUCCCCUCCUGCUACUCUUUUAUCUUUCCAGUUAAUCCGUUAGUAUAUCAUCCGGAGCUUUAACCCCACGUUUUAGGGCAGAUUAUUUACUGCAACCUUGUCAGUAUUAUUACAUGUGUGUUUUUGUUCCACGUUUGGAUGUUUAUUACAGGCCAUUGACUGGCUGAUUUUGGAGUGGAGCAGUAGUAGCUUUUUUUUUUUUUUUCAAUGCACUUUUAUUACGGGACAUUUCCAUUUGCAAUGUUGUUUUGAGGGUGUAGACUAUUUUGAACUGCGAAGGGUGCUGCAAAAAAAGUGUCAAAAAAAUGUAAAAGGAGGAAAGAGGUUAAGUAAUUGGUACUCCGGCCGGGCCGCUGGAAAAAUGAGAAAAAUGAGGGAUGAGAGAUGAGAUUGUGGAGGACAUGUCUGUGUCAUUUGUUCUGGCAUGUUAAAAAAAACAAAAAAAUAAAAACAAGGAGGGGAGGGUUGUUCAGUUUUCUGUCCAAACAUGCACUCGGCAUCAAGCUGCAUGCCCAAAGAAGUGUGCACACAGUGUGAUGUAUUGAAUUUAACCUUUGAAUAGGAAGUUGCUUGCAUUAUUAAAAAAAAGUAAAAAGAAAAAAAACGAGUUGUUAAAGUUCUACAUCACUUUGUACCGCCUGAAAAUUGUUGCACCCACUUUUUGGAGGCUGUAUAGAUGUGACGAGUCAGUAUUUUUUAUGGUUGUACCCUUCACAGAAUAAUGUACAGUUGGAAGAUGAAAAAAAAGGUAUUUUGUACACCAUUCUUGAUGUUUGAGAUAAAAGUAAAACACCAUUAAAACGUUGAGGAAUGUUGCAUUUUCCUGUAAAUUGUACCUCUAUUUAUUUGCCUUAUUUAGUUUGCUAUGUUUUGUAUGUACACAGCAUUACAAAAAAAGUGAUAUAUUACAAAUAUGAUUAAUAAACUGUGGUUUGUGUACGGUGGCUAAUUUUGAGACUUGUGUAAGAAUGAGAAUUUCUUUUUCAUUUCUAUAAUUUUAUUUUUGUUUUGUAUUUUUCUCACCCUGUGUCUUUUGUAGGGUUACAAUAAACUUUUGUCCCUUGCAA